AAGCAAGGCUGAACUGUGAUGCGAGUAUUAUAGAACUCGCCUCACUCACAGAAAAUAGAAGCCACGCUGCUUGGGGUUGAAUAAGGUGAGGGGCUGACUGAGACGAGGAACGAGAGAGUGAGAGAGAGGCCAUGGACCAUCAGAGGCAGAGGUCUCUCUCCACAUCAGGAGAAUCACUGUACGCCGUGCUGGGAGUCAACAAGAACGCCACAGCAGAUGACAUCAAGAAAUGUUACAGGAAACUGGCAUUGAAGUUUCACCCAGAUAAGAACCCAGACAACCCAGAGGCAGUCGAAAAGUUUAAGGAAAUCAACAAUGCCCACUCCAUCCUGACCGACACCACCAAGAAGAACAUCUACGAUAAAUACGGCUCGCUGGGGCUCUACGUCGCAGAACAGUUUGGAGAGGAGAAUGUCAACACCUACUUUGUUCUGUCCAGCUGGUGGGCAAAGGCCUUGUUCACCUUCUGUUGCCUGGCCACAGGUUGUUAUUGCUGCUGCUGCCUGUGUUGCUGCUGUAACUGUUGUUGUGGUAAAUUUAAACCCCGGCCACCCAUGGACCAAGAACCAGAGUUCUACGUCUCUCCUGAGGACCUAGAGGCCCAGAUGGCUGAUGAUGAGAGAGAUGGUGUGGAGCCCAUUGUGGUGCAGCCAUCUACAGUAACAGAAACCACUCAUCUCACCUCGGAUGCACAUCACAGCUACAGGACCGAUGCAUACUAGACACACACAUUCAGCUCACACCUGACAGUUAACCAUAAGUACAGUUAAACCAAUAACACACACAGCAAGAUCGACCUUUACAUACUGCAAACACGCUGUCCACACUUUCUUAUCUGUUCCUCUGUUAUUUUCCCUUCAUCCACAGGAGCAAUUAUUAAUGCCUCGCAUUCACGCACACACAUCAGCAAAUAAUGAUGGUAUAGUCAGCCCAAGCUUUUCCUCUAAAUUUCAUCUCAAAUUGGAAUGAGGGUAGAAGAAAGAUAAAAGGGAGGAGAGAAAACAACAAAUCAAAGUGAGACAUGAGUGAUCCUGUGUUUCUUCCUGGGCACACAACAGGCAUGGAGUUUUAUAUCCCUGUGUAACGUCCACCUUACGACAGGCCCAUUGUUACUUUCAACUUUGAAGACUCUCAGCCAAAAUAUCAAACACACUUGAUAACAAUUGUCUGGUGCAGACAGGAGUACAGCAUGCAAACAGGGACAGCUGUCUCACAGCAGUGUAGUUACAAGGUUUCUCUAAUGUAAAUGUAGACACAUUUGCAAAAUACAUGAAAGACAUAAGAUGGUUUUACCUGUAAGAGCUUUGCACAGUUAACACAUGCUGCUGUCAUGUCUCUUUGGAAACUGUUCUGGAGUUUGAGGAGCAGACAACAUGGCAACUAAAUUUUAGGAAAUUGAAUAAUAAUAAUAAUGGAAGAUAUAGCCAGAGCUGUGGAGGAGAGAGUUGUUCCACUAAAGCUGUGCAAUGAAUUCUAACAGUAAAGCUUUUAUCAUGUGAAACUAACUAUGCCACUGUGCAUAAAAUGGGAUUUUCACUCUUGCACUUGUCUUUACUGUGUUGGUGGAUAAACCUAAAACAUGGAGAAGCCUUGUAGCUGUAAAGCCUUAUUCAUGCUUUCUGUGUCAGUAUGACGUUGCUUUCGUCAACGGCAUAUUGCUCAUAUCAUUCAACAUUUUGUUUUUAAACAAGGAAAUUACUACCUUGAAUGUUUCAUCCUUGUGCCUGGAACUGAAACACUUUUAGAUGUUGUCUCGGAAAGGUUUUCCGCUGGCAGAUGAGAAACAAGCUGUCUCCUUUUAGCUUGCUGAAAACCAAAAGGUUCUCUCUCCACUGGAAGAAAUAGGUCACUGAUCCUGUCUGUAUGUUUAGUGAGGAGUAUAUAUGACUGGGCUGGGGUGGAAGUAUUUAUUGGUCCUCAAAACCCUCAUGAGCAUCACCACAGGAGCACCUCUCAUUAUGGAGAGAGCAGCUCACAAAAUCAAACAGAAUGAGUGUAGCUACUCACAUUCACUUGGACCAUCAGGUUCAAUGGGGCUUGAUACGCUUUGCCGUGUCAGAAGGAUGCCCUUUACAAACCGCCAGGCUAACACAAGACUCUGAAUCCUAAAGAUUUACUUAUGGCUGAUCAAUGUGGUAUGUGGCCAACAUUAGCAUGUUGGCUUUGUUAAAACUGGCUUGCUGAAUUUGCCUUACAGCUGCUGGGACUGAAUGUUGACCAGCCCUGGCAAGUGUGACCGUGACUGAACUGGUAGCUGGAGAUCAACACCAGCCAGUAGACAAUACUGCUGCAUAUUAACUCUGACUGGUGUGUCUGCUCCAUUAUGGAUCUCCUGCAAUCCUCCUCCUGUUCUAACUUCUUCUCUCCUCUUCUCCUUUACUUCCUCCUUCUUUGACUGUAUAUUCAAACUCUGCACUCUUUCUUUUACACAUGAAGGACAGAGCACUCUGUUUCACAUUGAAGGCUAUGUGUGUGAUGUGCUAUUGUAGCCUAUAUAGAGUCCAGUGUUAUUAGUAAAGGUACUGAGCUGCUGUCAUCUUCAAGGUCAUACAGUACAUACAUAUACACAGUCUUUUUUUUAGGUUGUGAGAAAUAAUAAUGCUGUACAUGUCAUGUAGACUGUGUUCAGAUUUGCUUUGUAUUGUUUCUAUUAUUUGUGUUCUUAAUGAAGGGAGGAUAUCGAUAUCCAAAGUCUCAUUUGUAUGGCAGAUGUUUUGUAGAUUAUGCAAUCAUUAGCACAACUGAAGAGCAAUUUUCAGCUUAAUGUUUUUUAAUCAUGUUUUGUUUUGUUUUGGUAGUUCUUUACUUAUUUGUCACACAAGUUGUACUGUAGCUCAGCUGUAGUAGAAAAUAUAGGAACAUUGUGGUUGUUUGUGUCAACUGUUUAAUUUUAGUUAAAAGAACAGCACCUACAUUGAACCAAACAAGUUAAUUUAUUAGCUAUUUUUUCUUUGACUGCUCAAUCAAACGCACUCUUUAUGCAUUUAUACAUAUCAUGAUGAAGUGCAGAAAAGACUAAGCAAGUGUCUAUCGUGGCGGUCCUCUACUCACAAACUUCCAAUCACUAUCUAGCAAUCUGUGGGUUCAUAAAAAAUUAAGCUGAAUCCACUUUUUCUUGUCUCAUUUUCACAAUCAGUUCUUGGUUACAUCGGUACAAAUCUGAGACAAAACAAUCUACACUGUCAGUUCUAGUAAAUACACGGUUCAGAACAGGACCCUUUUUUUGUUUUUUGUUUUUUUUUUUGUUCCUUGUUUUUGUUUAGUUUUUAAAUUUGUCUUCCACUUUUCAAUUUGUACCAUCUUUGGAAUACAAAAGGUUUUCAAGGGUCUUUUAAAUGGUUUUUAUGAACUGCAGCUGCUCUGUUUAUCAAAUGUAUCUACAGUUGAUAAGUUUUUGUACUUGAUGUCAUGUGAUCACUUACCACUGAAACGCCACAUUGUUGAACCAAAAUCCCUAAUUUCCUUUUCUCAUUUUCCACUGUUGACCAAACACACAACUUUGAAUGAAUGCAGUGUGAAGCCUAAAUACAUAAACCUGGAUUCAAAAAAACUUCCAGUGUUGGGUCUAAAAUGGUUACAUAAGUAACAAGAACUGAUGUGAAUAUAUUGACCAGAUGAUAAUAAUAUUGAAGCAUUAUUUUAUUAUUUUUUUGUUUGUUUUUAAUCAUUAUGCACUAGCUUGUAUGUCAAGGCGAAGUAUAUCAUUUUAAAUGUGAACCAUUUUGACAGUGAAGUGGAAAAAUGGUAGAUCUGCUGUAUACACACACACACCGUGACACAGUACACAGUUAUGUAGAGGUUUUCUGUUUGUAGCAUGGACUGAUAAUGUUUAUGUCUGUCAGGCAGACGUAUGUGUAAAUUAAUUGUCCGAUAUACUGUUGUAAAAUAAAUGUUUCUGAUGCUUCA